CAUUCUGCUAUGAAGGCUACUCUUAUUGCAAUAACAUGCACCUUUUUCGAAUUCUUCAACGUACCUGUAUUUUGGCCCAUUCUUGUCAUGUACUUCAUCAUCCUCUUUUUCUUGACGAUGAAGCGACAAAUCAUGCACAUGAUCAAAUACAAGUACAUCCCAUUCACCGUCGGGAAACCUCGAAUGGCUGGCAAAGAGGAUACUGGCAAGGUUGUCAUUGGAUAG